CCGCCUUGUGCAGGUCUCGCGGUAGCCUGAAUCUUUGUUGCUUAGCAACAGAAUGCGGCGCCUUAACGUAACCUGAAGCCCGUCCGAUGGCGGAGAGCCGGAGAUCCGCGGCUAUGUCCAGCAAGGUAAAGAAAAACAAAGGAGUUGGACCCCCUACAGUGGGCACAGUGAAAAAGACCACUCAAGAUGAUCUGCUGGCUAAAGAAGAAGAAUACAAGCGACUAAAUGCUGAACUAGAAGCAAAAACAGCUGUGCUGGUCCGUGAAGCUGAAGAGAUGAUGAGAGAGCAGCAAAAGAUCAUAUCACGACCAGCACUGUCGCAGGUUAAGCUUUUUGAUGAAGACGAGGAGGAAAGUUUAAGAAAACUGAUCUUUCCAGAAGUACCAACUUUAACCCUUCCCUGUAAGACUGAUGGUAAAACAGACACAAAACCUUCAGCGCGGAACAGACCACAUACUGCAACCUCUGCAAAAAAACAAGUACCAAGGCCUCGACCUAAAACAGCCGACACACGUAUUGCCAAUGACGUUGCAAUCCCAGCAGAUAUUGCAGACUUCUCUCUUGCAAAAACCAUUAGCAAGAUUGAAAGCAAACUGGCUGAGGGCGAACUGCCUGAAAACGCUGAAGAUGACGUCAUUCCAGGAAUAAACAAUGAAAUUGGAGCAGAGGCUCAGAUCAGAUUUCUGAAAGCAAAGUUACGAGUAAUGCAGGAAGAGCUGGACAGCGUUACUCAUGAAUGCAAUAAGAAGGACGAUGAAAACCGCAGCCUUACGUCUCGGGUAAAAGACCUUGAAGAGGAGCGUGUGAGGCUACAGAGAACAGCCAAUAUACAGCAGACCCAGGCAGACAAAUAUAAAGCUCUAUUUGAAGAAGCUAAUAAGAAGAGUGAUGGCUUACAACACCAACUUUCCGCAUUAGAGAAGGAACUGGAAAAUGUUAAAAGAAUACAGAAACAGUCUGCGAGCAAUCAAAGUGCAACCGAGGUUCGCCUGAACAGAGCCAUGGAGGAAGCAGAUAAAUACAAAAUGGAACUCAAUAAACUUAAACAAAGUAACAAGGAUAUCGCUAACCAAGAGAGGAAAAAGAUUGAAGAAUUGAAACUUGAAAAUAAGAAGCUUGAGAAGCAGAAAGCAGAAUUGAUGGCUGGAUUUAAAAAACAACUCAAGCUUAUUGAUAUUUUAAAAAGGCAAAAGAUGCACAUUGAAUCAGCCAAGAUGCUGUCUUUUACAGAAGAAGAGUUCAUGAAGGCACUAGAGUGGGGGGUCUCCUGAAGUCUGAGCACAUAGAAAUGUUUGAACUGUACAUAACAUAUUUGUUCAAAGGAGUUUUGUAGUGAAAUAUAACUUAUCCCCUAUCCAAAGGAUAGAUGGGGGGGGGCAGACUACUGGGACCCUCCUGCGAUCUCCUGAACUGGGCCCGGCAGUCUGCUGGAAGGGUGCGUGCCAACGCCCGCACGGAGCGGUGGCCGACACACUCUCUCCAUGUAUCCCAUAGAGAUACACAGAAGGGGCGUAUCGGCCUCGGCCUCCUGUGGUGGGUCGGAACAACAGACUGCCAAGGCCCCGUUCAGGAGAUCACGGGGGGUCCCAGUGGUUGGACCACGUUGAUCUAUAACCUAUCCCCUAUCCUUUGGAUAGGGGAUAAGUUAUAUUUCACUGCACUAUUCCUUUAAAGUUGUAAAGAAUUUUCAAUUCGAUGCUCAGCAUAAGGCUAGGAUUCCACUGAGGUUUUUUUCCCACCAGCAAAAAUGCCAGGAAAAACUGCCACAGCUUCUUCCUGCAUUUUGGCAGUUUUACUGGUGUUUUUCAUGUGUAUGGAAACAGCCAAAUUUGUCCCCUGUGGCAGUUUUCUCACUGUCUUCAGGUACCACUCUGUGGGUUGGAUGCUGAGCGCCCAGUGCACAGAGUGUAAGGAGAUGAGGAGUGAUGUAUAGCAUCACUACUCAGCUCCCCUGGCCGUAUAGUAUACAGGGGGGCAUAGUGUACCCGUGUAUACUAUACAGAAGCCGGGAAUCCUGUCACCAGACUGACAGGACUCCCUGCUCCUAUAGCCCCUUUGGGCGGUAUACAGUAUAUACAGCUAUCUAUAGAUAUCUGUAUAAAGUGUAUACAGAAGAUGAGGUCCACUUACCUCCCUCACUCCCUGUCCCUCCUGGGUCCAUGCAGCUCUGCCCCCUAGUGAUGACAUCAUUAGGGCGGAGCUACAGACGGGAGCCAGGCUGGUAAGGGUGUGAGUCUCUGUUCACAUUGUCCAUUUUGUAUAAUGUGAACAGACCCUUCUGGCAGUGUCCUCUCAGACAGGGAGACUCCAGCUGUUGCUAUAUUACAACUCCUAGCAUGCCCAGACAGCCAAAGGCUGUCUGGGCAUGCUGGGAGUUGUAGUUUUGCAACAAUUGGAGGCUCUCUGUUUGGGAAAACACUGCAUUAUGGGCACUUUCCCCAGCGGAGAGUGCCAAAAAUGUCCUAAACAAUUUUUUGUGGUUUUUUUUUUCUUCUUGUUUUAGAUCCGUGUAUGCAGAGGAUUACGGUGGAUUCAGAGGAUUACUGUGGAUGAACUGGAUUUUUUUUUUCUUUUAAUAAAAUGGCUUACGAGGGCUGUUUGUUUUUUAAAAUAAAAUGUUUCCAAUUUUUAUUUUUUUCAAUUGAAUUUUUAGGCUUCGGCCUCUUUCACACUAUGAAAUAGUUCCGUUUAGGAACUUCCAU